CUAUCAACCACCAAAUCUUCAGGAGAUUGUGUACAUGGCAUUCACAUAGAAAAGGAAUAUCAGAUAAUUAUGAUACGACGGAGCUUGAUACGAGCAAGAGGACCUUUGAGUUCAUUAAAAGGAGGAAACCGAGUGCCCCCUCAGUCUUUUGCAAAAACAAGGAGAUUCUCAACAGCAAAUGCACCUCCGCCAGCUACAUCAGGAACCCAAUCUCAAGCAUCUAUGCUUGCUACCAUAACAACCGAUCUGGACAGGAUUGCGCCCAGGUUCGAGGUACAACCCGAGCAAAUCGAAAUUCUUCGAACCCCUUCCGAGUUCUAUGAGACACUCAAGGAAAAAAUUUCCAAAGCCCAGUCUCGCAUAUAUCUCAGUACACUAUACAUCGGCAAAACAGAACACGAGCUAAUCUCCACGAUCCGCACGGCACUUCAACACAACCCUAAUCUUCAUGUCUCCUUCCUCACAGAUGCCCUUCGCGGCACACGCGAGACUCCUGCAGCAUCAUCUGCGUCGCUUCUGGCACCACUCAUCUCCGAAUUUGGUUCAGACCGGGUCGAAAUCCGUAUGUUCCAUACACCCAACCUAACCGGAUUGCGAAAGAAAGUUAUCCCCAAACGAAUCAAUGAAGGUUGGGGACUUCAACACAUGAAAUUGUAUGGCGUCGACGACGAGAUCAUCAUGUCCGGAGCGAAUCUUUCCAGCGACUACUUCACCAACCGACAGGACCGAUACCAUUUGUUCCGCUCCAAAGAGCUGGCCGACUACUUCAGCAAAAUCCACAGCGGCGUAUGUGAUCUCAGCUUUAACAUAUCCCCAGCUCCCGACACCGAAGCCGGAUACACAAUGACUUGGCCAACAACGAACCAAGGCCUAUCCCCCCUUACCUCCCCUUCCUCGUUCAAAAAAUCCGCCUCGAAACAUCUCUCCCAUCUCCUAACCCCCUCCAACUCCCCACCAUCAGCGACAUCUUCUACGUCAACGACAACAACAAUUUACCCCAUCCUCUCCCUCGUCCCCUUACUCUCAACCUCGACCGAACUCCCAGCCCUGACCCACAUCCUACAAUCCCUCUCCCGCGCACCGCUGCACCCCAGCACAUGGACCUUUACCGCAGGCUACUUCAACAUGACACCCUCCUUCCGCCGCCUUCUUCUCAGCACGCGCCCAGCAUCCGGGACCGUACUCACCGCGCACCCACAUGCCAACGGCUUCUUCGGCUCCAAAGGCGUCAGCGGCAUGCUACCAGACGCGUACACGCACCUAGCUAAAAUGUUCCUACGACGCGUGCGGUACGAGGGCCUGUCCGAUUCUGUGCAGUUGCGGGAGUGGAAGAAGGGCAUGGUUGGCGAGGAGGGCGGAUGGACAUAUCACGCCAAGGGGCUGUGGGUUACUUUCCCUCCUUCCUCUUCUUCUUCGUCGUCGUCGGAUCAGCAGAAAGUUGGCGAGGGGGAAGGAGAGGACCCGAGUCUUACGGUGAUUGGGUCGAGCAAUUAUACGAAACGAUCGUAUGAGCUUGACCUCGAGGCGAAUGUGGUUAUUGCUACUUCGGAUCCAGGCCUUCGAAGGCGUUUGGGUGAGGAGGUUAAGUGGUUGGGCGAGCAUGCGAAACCGGUGGAUGAAAAGGAGUUUGAAAAGCCUGAGAGAAAUGUGAGUAUGAGUGUAAGGUUGAGCAUGUGGAUUGUACGAGUAUUGGGUGGAGCCUUGUAAACAUAAAUGUUCAUU